AUGUGAAAAAAGAGGUCGGAAAAAAACUGAAAUGGAAAUUAUCCAAUAUAAUAUCAGAGGAGAGUAUUUAAGUUAUGCAAUUACUCGCUUACCUCAUGAUGGCAAACGCAAUGUUAACUAUAGAAUGUUCACCAUUAAAAUCAACGCUACUCAGAACGCAUCGAAAUAUAAAUACUGAAUAUAAGGAAAACGAGGCCGAGUUAUGUAAUCCCAUCCAUGCUGAAAGUUGUGCGAAUCAACAAGCCAAAUGGUCUAAUGUGGAAACGUAUUACUCAAGUAAAUUUAAAAUGCUCAAUAGCAGGAGAUUUUACUAUAGAACCAAACGAAAAACUCAACGUUUAAUUAAGAGAAAUAUAUCUGCUUGGUUUGACAAAGAGUCACAAGAAGAGUAUCCUCUACGAAUUCAUAUGUUUUUUAAUCCGUAUGCGACAUUUGGUGAACGUUCUCUCAUAUUUCUAACCAUGCCCCAUUUGGGUAAUAAUUCAUUCAUUCUGAAUAUCACUGUUAAUACGAGAGAUUAUCUGAUAGAUGUUAAAGUGACUAAUCCCAAUGUUAAACCAAAUGGUUGGCGAUACACACAAAAAUUGGAUUCUCUAUUGCGUAAAAAUGGCAUUCGAGUGCCAAGUGUUCCGUAUAUAAAAUGUUAUUUUUAUCGGACAUAUGCCACAUAUUUUAAUACAAAAACUCGUGUGGUUACUGUCAUGUUGACAUGCCCCCAACAUAGAGAUCAAUUGUUGGCACCCAAAUGUCAAGGUAAAGUGCUAGUACGUUUAACUCGCACCAUGUCCUGUGAACCCAAAAUGAGUUUACGCUUUUGCAAGGAUCCCGAGAGACCGGUGGAAAUUGCACCUAAUAGUCAUCUAGUCUUUAUGGCUGAAGUCACUUCAAAAUGCAUGGAUCUUAAUUAUCGUUACGUCAAUUGGAGUAUCUAUGAUAUAACUAAUAAGCAGCUGCUGGGUCGUGUGAGUAAUACUAAGAAUCUUGUAUUGAAACUAUUGCCAUAUAAAUUGCAUUUCGUUCAUGGUAUGAAAACUAAUCGAGAUUUAGUGCUUCGGGUUCAUACUCAUAUACUUGGCUCACUAGUUGGUGCUCGUUGCUAUUUGCGUUAUCUUCCACCUUUGGUUGAACCAAUUAUUGUGGGCAACAAUAAACGUUUGGUAAAUGUUCGUGAUAAAAUUGUGUUUAAUGGUUUAUUAAGUAGAGAUCGUUCUAAGCCCAAAAACUAUGGAAUAGCUGGACAAUUGGAAUGGGAUUGUGAGAGUGCAGAUGAUCCCAAUAAUGCAUUUUGCCAUCAUAAAAUGUCAAACAAUCACCUACUGACCAUUCCAGCCGGAACAUUACGAAUUGGAUCGCAAUAUGACUACAAGCUAACCAUGAUAUCCGCCUUGGAUAGAAAUGUCCGGAAUACAACUCAACAGUCGGUUAGAGGUGUAGAUCACGAAACCUUCACUCCUCACAUACAUUGCUGUCGCAAUUGUGAGUUGGGAAUGUUUGCCCGGAAUAAUAGUAUAAAUUUAAUGGCAAUCUGUGACGACUGUCAGGGAUUUAUGCCACGAUUUGAAUGGUGGGUAUCUAUUGGUGGAGAGGCGCAUAAACUGCUAUCAAAACUAAACCAUUUGGUGGCGUAUCAUGAUGUGGAUUAUUUGGCAAUUAAAUUAAAAAUGUUUCAACCAAAUGGCUUGAUGAGCGAAACGGAGCGAAUAUUGAAACAGAAUACUGGGCCAAAGGAUGGACAGUGUACGAUUUAUCCACAAAAGGGUAUUGAAGCAAAGACAAUCUUUACAAUCGAUUGCAGGGGCUAUCAGACAGAUUAUCCACCUCUGGUGUAUAGAUAUAUGAUCGAUAUAGGAGUAAUUGAUUCAAAUGUACCCUAUGAACGGUAUCAACUGCCUUUGCCUGCCACCGAUGCUCUAUAUAUCUCGAUAUGUGAUGCCCUGGAUAUGUGCAAUGAAUUUCAUGUGCAUGUUCAUGUUCAACCUUUGAAUGUCCAACCAGCCAGCAUGUUUAGAGCCAAUGAGAGAUUAAAGACUGAUCAUCAAUUGCGAGGUCUUUUGAUCAAUGUGCCUGAUAUGCUAUCGCAGGGCCAAUGGAAUCGGGCAUUUGUUCGAUCUCUGGUCUCUGCGAAGCAUAUAAAGUCAUCGUAUGAUGGUACAUUGGUCUAUUCCUACCUGGUCAAUGAGGAGAUGAUAACCAGCGUGCAGCUGGAACAGAUGAGUGUAUUGGCCGUUAAUAUGUUGAGCCAUCUAACACCCGUUAAUUAUCGUGGCGCCGCUCUUAUGGCCACUGUAUUUGCCAAACUAAGCGACAUUUUUAAGAUAACCAUUGUGGAUCUAGAUUGGUUGCAUCAAGAUGGUUAUAGUUCAAUGACAGCCAUGUAUGUCUUUUUCUUGUCCAUAUUGAGUACUGCUUCGGAACGGCAUCCACGUGCCAUGUGUCGUGUUGAAGAAGAACUUUGCUUUAGGGCGCAAAAGCGAAGACAUGAAGAUACAUUGCCAUAUGAUCAAUUAACCGCAUUGCGAAUCAAUUAUUGGCUCAAAUGCACGUGGAAUCUAUAUAAAUGUGUUUACUAUUUGGGUUUCUUGGCCAGUAAAAGACACUUUCCCCACGAUGAUACAUUCGUCGUACGUAAAGGUGGCAUUUCCUAUCAGGUGAAUGUAACCGGGGUAGACUCAAACGUUCACGAUCUAACCAUUGAGACUAUCGAUUUCCAACAACACAUUACUCUAUCAAAAAAUCUUUUGAAUGAACUCAAAGAUACUUUACAGCAUAAUACGCUGCUCUUUCAAAUCAUUUCCCAAAAUACGAAUCACAAUAUGUUUUGGUGGUAUCCGGAAACUUUACCGUCUGUGUCACAUGUUCUUAUCGUACACGCUUUCAGUCCGGAAAAAUAUUUACGAUCCGGUGAGGAAUUUUUUAUUCAAAAUCCUUUGGUCUACUCGAUGAAUACAAGCGAAGCUACCAAUUAUACAGAUUUUUUUGAUUGGAUGAUCAAUGGAAGUAUAACAAGUGAUGCUCAUAUACAUUAUUAUAAAGUCACUCUGCAAGAGAAGAACUUGUUGUCUGUGCGUAUUGUAAAUUGCUCAGAUAAAAUGAGAAUCGCUUUAAAUUUGCAAUAUAAGCCAAAGAUUAGAGAAAUGCAACGAACUGCUUGCAAAAUAACUCCUGCAAUGCAGGGUAAACGUAUAUGGAUGUUGAAUUUUUGUAAAAAACAAGCUCCAGCCUUUGUGUCGAUAAUUAGUGGUAGAGAAUUUCAAUCGUUAGCAAAGCCUAAAAGCAGAUUGCAUUAUGACAAGCGAUCGAAAACGAAUAAACGUAUUUUGCAAAAACGUUUAGUACCCUUGAAAUAUUCCAUUAUAUUGGAAACAUUUCAAUGUAGUUAUUGGAAAAACAGUACUCUUAAUCCUGGCUGGAGUACAGAUUAUUGUUUAACCGAUUUCGAGAAUACAUCGAUAAAGUGUACGUGCGAUAUUUUGGGACCGCUGUCGACGCGCAUAUUCCCCAUUGCUGCAAAAAGGCAUCUGGAUGUUAUAGUGAUUCCCGUUCUAGAGCCCAAUUGGUUUAUGUUUUUGAUAUUUCUUAUAUUAUUUGUAAUACUAUUUUCAGUCCUGGCUACCUAUAUGAGGGGCAUAGUAGCGUAUCAACGGCACAGCAUGUUGCAAUGUAAUGUCCAGAAGGAAAAAGUUAUUACAGAAGAUCUACAAUUGACAUUAAAUGGGGAGUUGCUCGUCAUGGUUGUAACGGGCGGUCAAACUUUUGGUGGCACCACCUCGAAUGUAACUCUAUAUUUCAAGUCGGUGGGACGUGAUCAGGUGACAUAUCACAUACAGCAGGAUCCGAUGCGUCCACGACUGACACGUAAUUCCACAAUUAAACUAACGCUAGAUCGAGGUCCCAUAGUUUUGCCUACUCGUUUGGCAUUUGGCAUAGAUCGCAGCGGCCGUUAUCCCUCAUGGUAUUGCCGUUCUGUGACCAUAGUCGAUCUAGAGCGGCAUGUACAACAAUUUUUCGUUGUCAAUCGUUGGAUAGAACGCGGAACUACAAGAUUUCUGCGUUCGCCCUAUUAUACUCAUGGCCGUAAGAGAAAACCACCGUUUACAUGGUGUCAGCGUUUUUGUUAUUAUCUGGAAGAGCUAUUUAUUAACUGGUAUAUGGUGAAACCAAUUCUGGGACCUUGGUUAACUAGCACAAAUCCCUAUGCCUUGAAUCGUUUCGAACGUUCAUGCGUUUUUCUAUGUAAACUAUCAAUAACCAUUGCCUUGGCAAACAUAUCAUUUGGUCGCAGUGCAAAAAGGAUUAUCAUGGAUGAUCUCCAUGUUGAGCGUAUACAUCAACUCGAUUAUAGAGUUGUUUUUUUUCUGGCCGUCUAUUCCUAUAUCCUAUGUUGGUUUGUGCAUUUAUUUUUCGAAGUCAUUGUCAUAAGGUGUUUGGUAAAACGUCACUAAAUGCUCCACUAAAACAUACUGGAUGAAUGGUUAUACACUUAUGCUCUAAUUGCACUAGCCGUCUGUUUAGCAAUCCCCAUUUUGGUUGCCCAGUGCCCUAGCUAAUGGAUUUUUCCACGCCUAAUUACCAUUACUUGGCAACGGGGCCAACAAAGUACAACAAAAACAACAAAAAAA